AAUUAUAACAUUUUUCUUUUACAAAUACGUUCACCAGAAUCAAAUACUUCCGUAUUCAACAGUGUGUGGACACCUGUCCGUGAUUGGUAACAAAUCCCGCGAUACAAGCAGCUGUUGCCCUGGAAACCAAGCUAAACAACGGCUGCCCUGUGUGUUAUGCUAACUUUGUCAAAGCGGGCUAUCACGCUGAGCUUUACUUUCAUUUCAAGUUAGUUUUAAGCAUUUAAUUCCGUAAUGGGUUUCGACUACUACGAGACGCUGGAAAUAAACAGAAAUGCAACAGACGCAGAUAUCAAAAAGGCAUAUCGACGCCUUGCAUUGAAAUUUCAUCCUAGUAGCAACAGAGAGCCAGGGAGCGCCGAGAAGUUCAGUCAACUUGGUGAGGCCUACGACGUUUUGAGCGACCCUCGAAAAAAGGCAACCUAUGACAAGUUUGGUGAGGAGGGUCUAAAAGGUGGUAUCCCACUGGAGUUUGGCAGCGGUGGGGCCUGGUCAUCUAAGUAUGUCUACCAUGGGAGUCCAGAGAAAACAUUCAGACAGUUUUUUGGAGGUGACAACCCAUUUGCAGACUUCUAUACAAAUGAUGUGCCACUUCAGUUCGGUGGGCUGCAACCAGGAGUGGUGAAGACACAAGAUUCCCCAAUAGAGAGAGACCUUCAUUUGUCCCUGGACGAUCUCUUCCACGGAUGCACAAAAAAGAUAAAGAUAUCUCGCAGGAUUAUGAAUGAGGAUGGAUACUCAUCCAGCAUCAAAGACAAGAUCCUGUCUAUAGAUGUAAAGCCUGGAUGGAAAGAAGGCACAAGAAUAAUUUUUUCCAAGGAGGGAGAUCAGGGACCAAACAGCAUACCUGCAGAUAUUGUGUUCAUAGUGCGACAGAAGAGUCAUCCUCUGUUUGUAAGACAACAGAAUGACCUGAUCUACAAGGCCCAUAUCUCUCUGGAGAUGGCCUUGACUGGCUUCUCUGUGGAUGUGGAGACACUAGAUGGCAGGCUACUCAAUAUUCCUGUCAAUGACAUUGUGCACCCUACAUACACAAAAGUGGUGACUGGAGAGGGAAUGCCGCUGACCCAGGAUCCCUCACAGAGAGGAAACCUCAUCAUUACGUUUGAUAUCCAGUUCCCUGAGAAACUCUCUGCUGAAAGGAAGCAUCUGAUCAAACAAGCUCUAAAAUAAAUAUUA